AUGCCGCUGGCCUCGGACUGGCCCUCCUCGGACGUGUCGGACGCUGCGGGCGGUGGCGGUGGCGGUGGCGGUGGCGGCGACGGCGAUGGCGGGUACCACUCAUCGAGUGAGCUCGACGGGAGCGACACCUCUGACGUCAUGUCUACCGGUGACUCUGAGGAUUCGUACACCCCGGCGCCGGCACCGGCGCCCGGCCUGCAGCACUUUGGCGAGCAAGCUCGGAUGAUGUUCAUCGAGGAUGUCCUCGCCUCACCGGCUGUCCCGCCUACCCCACCGCCCGAGCACUACACGCCUGUCGCCCGCCGGUCGUACCGGUCGUCGCUCACGCUGCGUGACAACCUCGCCCACUGGCUCCGCAAGUCAACGCUGGGUCACGCCAUGGACACCGUCCAGGUUCUCCUCUCCAUCAUUGCCGCCAUUCUCUAUGUAGUCGAGAGCUACUACACCGACGGUGGCCGCAACCGCAUACCUCUUGGCUUUCUCGUCAUCGAAAUCUUCCUCGCCGCCGCCUUUGCUGUCGACUUUGUUAUUCACUUUAUCGCCUCAAAGUCGCGGCUCAAGUUUCUGGUCUCGCCCAUGAGCAUUGUCGACCUGAUCACCAUUCUCCCUGUCGUCGUCCAGCUCGUGCUUGUCAACCAAGUUGACUUAGGCUUCCUUCGCAUUGUCCGCAUCCUCCGUGUCUUUCGCAUUCUCCGCACCUAUCGGCUGUUCUCGGUCACCAUCGACGAGCGCAAGCGCGAGCUAGUGGUCCUCCUCUUCACCCUUGUCUCGCUCCUCUACUGCUCGGCGUCGCUUCUGCAGCUGUUCAACGAUCCAGGCUUUGCCGGCACCUCGCCGGUCAUCGCCUGGCAUGAUGCGCUGUACUUUGUCGUCGUCACCUUUUCCACCGUCGGCUUUGGCGACGUCACGCCCGAGACACCGCUCGGCCGCUUUGUCACCAUCGGUCUCAUCUUCAUCACCGUCAUCCUCGUCCCGCUCCAGCUCUCCAACCUCGUUGCCGUCUUUACCAAGUUCAAGGCUCACGACCGGGCGUACUCGGGCCGCUACAAGCGCCAUAUCCUCGUCACCGGCACCUACACAACCGCCCAGCUGCAGGAUCUGCUCUCGGAGCUCUUCUGCGACGAUCACCCAGAGAACGACGACAUCGACGUCAUCCUCCUUCACCCAGAGGAGCCGUCGGCCGAGACGUACAACCUCAUCAAGUCCGAGGCCGUCGAGGGUCGGGUCACCUUUCUCAAGGGCUCGGUCCUCCACGACCAAGACCUCGGCCGCGCUGCUCUUGAGGACACCGAAGCCUGCUUUGUCCUCUCGUCCCACUACUCGGCGCUUGGCAUUGAGGACCGCAAGCAGGCCGACAAGCAAGCCAUCCUCUCGUCCAUCUCGCUCAAGAGCUACAACAACAAGACCCGCGAUGUUCGGGUCCUCACCCAGCUCGUUUCGACCGCUAACGCCGCUCUGCAAGAGUCUGGUGCCGCAGACUACACCCUGUGCCCGCGCGAACUCAAGUUCAAGUGCCUGCUGCAGGGCUACCGCGCGCCGGGCGUGCCGGCGCUCCUUUCCAACAUCCUGCGCUCGUCCGAUGCCUUUGCUGACAACGCCUCGUCGGAGCCGCUCUGGCUCCGUGAGUAUUGCACCGGCGCCCGCGUCGAGCUCUACGAGAUCACCCUUCCUAUGUCCAUGCGCUACCUGUCGUUCUCGCGCGCCUUUAUCUCCAUGUACUUUACCUACGAAGUCGCCCUGCUCGGCAUUGUUAUCGACGACGGCACCCUCGUCCUCGCUCCCGGCGACUCGUACGUCAUUGCCGGCGGCGAGCAGGCUGUUGUCCUCGCCGAGGACUUUGGCUCCAAGCACGCCGCAGAGUCCGGCGCCGCCGAACAAGUCCGUCCGUUCACCCGCCGGCCUUCGCUACAGGACGCCAUUGACAUGUUCACUCGCGGCGCGCCCGCCGGAGUUGUCCGCUCGGUCCAGGAGCGCUCGCACCACAUGGCCCGCUCGCCGCAUGCCUCGCCACAUUCUCGCUCAUCGGCUGCCUACGUGCCAUCGGCGCUAACUGGCGCCUCGCCGCCGCCACAGGUCUCGGCACCGGGAUCCACACGCCGCAAGCCUCUCUUCCCCCGCGACACGCAUGCCAUGCCGUCGGCACCUGGCCGCACCUCUCCCCAAUCGAACGAAGACUCACCGCUUGCCGAUGCCGCACUCGCUGGUCGCGGUGGUGCAAACAAAGGCGUCAACUUUCGAGACGACCAGGCCCGCAAGGCCAACGAGGAAGAGAGCAAGCGCGCCAAGGACGAGCAAGAUGAAAAGGCUCGCGCGCCCGCGAGCGCUGGCUCAGAUGCCACGCCAAAGUCCAAGCCAGACGAGUCCGCAGCAGGAGCAAGCGCAAAGUCGACUCAGUCGACCGCCGGCCAAGACACUGCUGCCAAUGGUGGCCGCUACAAGGGCAAGGCCGAAGAGCCGAGCACGCCAUCCAAGGCAACCGCUGAUGGCGAGAAGCCGACCACGUCCAAGGACAAGGCCAGGGGUAAGAGCAAGAGCAAGGGCAAGAGCAAGGACAAGCCUGCAACUGGUCACGAGCAGCAAGAAGAGGAAGAGGAGGACGGCGACGACGGCCGGCCGUCGCGGUCGCCGGCGUCGGUCGACGGCACGUCGUUGCUGUGGUCGUCGUCGUCGGAAGAAGAAGCUGUAGCCAACGAAGUUUCACCGGGCCACGCCAUCUCGGUUGUUGUCGACGGACCGGAUCCGAUUGCGACACUCGCAUUUGUGCCACCCACCGCCUCUGCGUCGGACCUCGACGAGUCGGGCAUCGAGCUCGAGGUCAAGGUUAAGCCGGACCGUGCCGGCAAGUCCCGUGGCGGAUCGACCGGUGGUGAGUCGGCCUCGGCAGACUGGGUCCUCAAUUCGGACGGCAAGGUGCAGAUGCUCAAUGCGUCGCAGACGGCCAGCGUGGCAACGCCGCUCGUCUCUACCCGGGAGGCCUUCCUCCGCAAGCGAAAUCAAUCGAUCACGGUUGGCAUUGCGCAAGCAGCGGCUACGUUGAUGCACUCCAGCGGGAGCUCGGAAGGCAACGACGACGACGGUGGAUUGCCGACGCCGAUCCAGACCCUGCAGUCUGCGGUACAGUCCGAGGUUGUGGCCGAGGCGGUGAUCGAGGCCGCGACCGAAGCGGGCAAGCUCCAGCAUCCCCCCGACCUGGAGAGCCCGCCACCGGGCGACGCGCUCUUUCCGUCUCUGCUGGUCACCGGGUGCAUUUCCGAAAUCAAGAUGCUGCUGAAGGAGGCUGCGCGGCUGGGCGGGAUGCGCGAGUUUGGGCGGAUAGCGCUGCUCUCCAAGGGCGCUAUGGACUCUGAGCUCGAGGCGCUGAUGGGCCUCUUUGCACACUGCUCGUUCCACCGUGGCGUGCCGACGCGGCCAAACGACCUGGCACGGGCCGGUAUCCGGGCGGCAUCGUGCGUCAUCCUUCUCCAGGGCGACGAGGAUGCAGACCUCGGCUCGACACUGGUCGACGCCGACUCGCUGCUCUCGGUCAUGACCAUCGUCAACUCGUUCGAUGCGGUCGCCGCCGACGUCAUGCCGCGGCUCCGCACGCUGCUCGUCGACCUCGCACACUUUACCAACCUCAAGUUCCUGGAGCCUAUCAUGCUCGAGUCGACCUUCCGCAACCGCAUGCGGGUACUUCCGGCCUUUGCCGCCGGCUCGGCCUUUUCGACCGAGACCCUCGACCCGAUCCUCCCAGCGGCGUUCUUCUCGGACGUUGUCGCUAUGACGGUUGGCCAGCUGCUGGACGUACCGGUCGCACCACCAAUCGCCUGCCGCGGCUCUGAUGACGACUCGAGCGAGGCCGAGGCUGCCGACAAUGACGGGCGCGACUCGCUCAUUCCACGAGCUUUUCUUUACCAGAUCUCGGUCCCGGUCCAGGUCUGGGGUCUCACCUACGGCCACCUUGUGCGGCUACUUGUCUGCGAGUACCACAUCGUUCCCCUCGGCCUCUACCGCAACGGACGGCACAUGGAUGCGCCCGACGACUAUGUCUACACCUCGCCGCACGAGGCCGUUGUUCUCAAUCCGGGCGACCGCGCCUUUGUGCUCGCCCGCCCAUCGCUCCUCGUCGGCAGGUUCCACGUCGUCUCGCCCGUCGCGGUGUUCUGGUAA